CUGUCUUCUGUAGCUGUAGGUGGUCAUCAUCGUAACCGUAUGCGCAGAGUUUCAACAACUCGUCUUCCUUACGUUCUCUAUGAUUCCAAACACGCAUUUUGCACAUUUAAUCCGUACAGCUUUCUCUCGGACUUUCUCGAGAAAAUUUCCGUAGAAAGAAUCAAAACCUCUCAUGUAGAUAACCUGUUUCCCUUUUUAUUUCUGCUUGUUUUCCUGUUGAGUGUAAGUGCGAGCUAAAGCUACUUGCUCGCGAGAUUUCAGUGUCACUGUUAAAAGGAAAGUUAGUUCGUUAGGGUUUUCGAAUGCACACAGGAGGACUGAGAAUGUGCCUUUUGCUUGCUGAUUGAGAACUUGGUUUCUGAGAGAGCUUAGUAUUUCGAUGUUUAGGACUUCUUGACCUAAGCAGACGGUCGCAUACAUGGAAACUGAUUUGUUGGUAUGGAGUUGUUUUCUGACUUAGAAAAUGAACUCAGGAAGAGACGAUCUGUGUUCGCUGGCAAAGUCGAAGUCGGAGGAUGAUACUUCAGAAAAUUAUAAAGAAUCAAAAUUAUCCUAUACGAGAGAUUUCCUUCUAUCCUUGGCUGAGUUGGAUCCAUGCAAAAGGUUGCCAAAUGAGUUUGACUCAUCGGUUUUUGGUGAAGGGAAUGGCUUGGGUGGUUUAUCACAAUCCUAUCGAAGUUCAGAUUUUGGCGGACUUAAUUGCAACCGAUCUCAACCUUCUUGGCAAAAUCCAGGACCUGGAUUGUUGGGAAGUUUUGCUCUUCAAAGGGUAUAUGAGCAUGUAGCCGGGACUCUUGCUCCACAGAUUCAAGAAAAUAGCUAUCAUCUUCUCAAAAGUUCUGCACCAUAUUGUCCGCCCCACAUAUCUAAGGCAAAACUCCACUCUAAGAGACAGAGCAAUGACUUGCAUAAUGAUGAAACAUUCUGUUCGUCCUACUAUCUGAGUCCAGAGAGAGCAGAAGAUGAACGAAGGAGAAGAGAUUCUUUUGAGUUGAUAAGGAGGGAACAGCAAAAGGCUAUUCAAGAGAAGCAAAAUUUAGGUCAGCAGAAAGAAAAUUCAGACCCAGAAAUUUCCAAAAAAUACAAAGCUUCUACCUGGCAUUCCUCUUCCUCAAAACCUUCUUCAGCCACACAGCUGGUAACCCCUGCUUUUGAAAGAAUAUCCCUUGAAGAGAAUUCUGCAACAAAACCCCUAGCUGCUUCCCCAUUGCCAGAGCUUUGUCAUGUUAAAGAUGAUCUCACCAGGAGCUCCGUGUUAGCUUCCUCCAACCUCAAUCAUCAGUCUCUUAAAGAUGUGAUAAAGACUGCUGGUAGCAUCUCAUCUGGACACUUGAAAGGUGUGUCUGAAAUGCAUGUUGCGUCUCAUUAUGAAGCCAACUCCAAAAGUUUUUCUUCUGGUAGAGAUGAACUUCUGAACAAGCUUAUGGCAUUUACUUCCCGUGCUGCAGAUGAAAACUCCAACAAACUGUAUACUUACAAGGAAUCAACUGUGACUCCAGGAGUCCUUACUUGUAAUGACUUAGAGCAAUCAAUUUCGUCAGACGGCAAGAAAGACUAUUAUACUCGUCGGGGAGAGCAAGGCUGGAGUACCUGUGAUAUGGAGGACAAUCAAACAAAUUCUUCAAGUAGUCAUGGAGUAUCUCAGUGCCUCAAUUCUUUGCUAGAUAAGGGGAAAAGCCUAUCAGAUUCAGAAACAUCUUCAAUUUUAAGCAUGGGGUCUCCCGAUGGGGUUUAUCUUUAUGAAGCUGGUGAUGAUGGCAAACACUUGAACACACUGAACACUGAAAUUUCCAAAAAGAUGUUCACCCAGUAUGGGACAUUGGGAGCAGGUUUGUCUAAGGAGUUGUUGUCAAUUGAACUGGAAACCGGCCAAGAAGUAUACAUGGGCAGAAUGACCAAAAAUGACGCCUUAGAGCCUAUUGGGGGUCUACAUUCUGUUAACAGGGAUGCCAUUUCAUUAACAAUAGAUGGAUCCAUUGGAAUCAAUCAUAUAGGUUUUGAGAUUCCAAUCUGUGCUAACAAAUCUGGUUUAAGUACGAGUAAGGGGGAUCAAUGUACUGGUAAUGAUAUUCCAAUGAAAGCAGUAUAUCCUACAAAUGGUUCUGAUGGGAAAGCCAAUUCUUUUGAUGAUCUUUGUUUGCCUGAUGAGGACAGCCUGAUUACAGUUGAUGACUGGAUUUUUCCGGAGGACUCAAUAUCCAUGCCUGAUGGGAUUUCAAAUAAAGCUGAUUUGCUCGCCUCAAAUACUCCAGGUGACGUCGCUCAGAAACUAGCUGCUUCUUUUGUUUCUCGCAGUGAUGAAAGAUAUACUCGACCAAAUAGGGAAGGCCCUACAUCUCGUUUUAGUAUGUCUGAUAGAGUGGGAAUGGAAACUUCUUAUCACAAUCUGCAACCACAGCUAUCUCACUUACAGCCUCUUCACUCUCGGGCAAGUGAAGACUGGGAAUUCUUUCACCAUUCAAAGUCUCAAAGAGCUCGUCUGAGUUCUAUGGUUGAGCCCUUGGGUUUCAGGACUGAUCCUUAUGAGCCCCCACCUUACCGUUGUUCUCCUUCAAAUGUGUGUCCUUAUCCUUUCCAGCAUCCUCAUGUUGAGCCAACAUUGUUCGACCAUCAAAGAAUUCAUUCACCUUUAGAGCUGAUGCCUGUUCCACGCAACUAUCCUCCUCCAAACCAAGUGGGUGGAAUGUCAAAUUUUGCAUUGCCUCAUCAUCUAGUACAUCAAAUGCCAUAUCAUGCAGAAGACCUGCACCAACUACAGAAAGGCCAUCCCAUGAAUUACCAGCAUCCGAUCUAUCAUGGUUUUGAAAUGCAAAAUCUAGAUCAUAGAUUUGGAAUAGGUAGUAACCAAUCUGCCUGCAGCGGCCUAUAUGAGAAGGGAGUAAGAAGAGAGCAGAGGACGCCGGUAAAAGGUGGUAAGGAAAUAUUUGGCAACCAGGUUAACUUCAAGCGCUGAUUCUUACUAUAGACAGUUUGUAUUGCUACUGAUGUCUGGGCCAGAUGGAAUCAUCUUUUCAUGAAGCUGAACUCUUUUCGGUGACAUUGAUGAGUUUUUUUUUUCGUGCUUUUUAGAGAGUUUGCUUUGGACAGAUAGUUACGUUGCACAUAUAGUUGAUAUGCAGUUCAAGAACUACAAUUUCAUGAAUUAGUAGAUUCAUAUAUAAAAAUAUCUAGAUCUUGCGCAAGGAAAAGUUACUUUUUCUUUUCA